CCCCUUUGGCCCAAUUCAAAUUUAGGGGGCGGCUCCUGCCUGGCGGGGAAGAGGGCUCUGACCUCCACCUCCUGGGCUCCGCCUGUCUGUGAGUCUCUGGGAAUGGCCACCUCCUGCUCUUUCUCUUUCUCCUUUUAAGUCUCGGUUUCCCCUCUUCCUGAACUACUUCUCUGCGCCUCAGUCUCCGUCCUUCUGUCUCUGGCUCCGGCAUCUGUCUCGGCUCCCGGCCUCCCUCUCCCCGUCUCCGCCCCUCCCCCGCGCUGUCAUUCACCCCGCUUCUCUCUGCUCACAGCCAAUGGAGAGACCGGGUCGGAACGGCUAGGCUCCCUCGCACCGGGCUUUUUCGCCCGGUGAUUGAUGUCCCAGAGUCAACAGCGAGCAAGCAGCCGGAGAGGGGAAGGAGCAGCCGGAGAGGAGUAGAACACGGCGCCCCCUCUCCUUCCCCUCCCCCCUACUUUAGCCCUUCUGCGUACUUCGCCUCCAAGUCUCGGCGCAGCCAGGAAGCGCUCCUGCUUUCGCGCCCCUGCGCGCUGCACCCAGAGAGAAAAAACAGCGAGCCCCGCCGCCCAGGCCCCCCCCCGCGGGGCCGGGGCGGGGGUCGGCAUGGAGCACCUGGGUCCGCACCAUCUCCACCCGGGCCACGCGGAGCCCAUCAGCUUCGGCAUCGACCAGAUCCUCAACAGCCCGGACCAGGGCGGCUGCAUGGGGCCAAACUCACGCCUCCAGGACGGAGAAUACGGCCUUGGCUGUUUGGUCGGAGGCGCCUACGCUUACGGCGGCGGGGGACCGGUGGCCGGGGCGGCGGCCGGGAACGCGGGGGCCUACGGCGCAGGCGGCCCCAGCGGUCCUGGUGGCCCGGCGGGCGGCGGGGGCGGUGCCUGCAGCAUGGGCCCUCUGGCCGGCUCCUACAACGUGAACAUGGCCUUGGCGGGCGGCCCGGCCCCGGGAGGCGGCGGCGGCGGUGGCGGAGGGGCGCUGAGCGCUGCGGGAGUGAUUCGAGUGCCCGCGCACAGACCACUAGCUGGAGCGGUGGCCCACCCCCAGCCUCUGGCUACUGGCUUGCCCACGGUGCCCUCCGUGCCCGCCGUGCCGGGUGUCAACAACCUCACCGGCCUCACCUUCCCCUGGAUGGAGAGUAACCGCAGAUACACAAAGGACAGGUUCACAGGUCACCCCUAUCAGAACCGGACGCCCCCCAAGAAGAAGAAGCCGCGCACGUCCUUCACGCGCCUGCAGAUCUGCGAGCUGGAGAAGCGCUUCCACCGCCAGAAGUACCUGGCCUCCGCCGAGCGCGCCGCCCUGGCCAAGGCGCUCAAAAUGACUGACGCUCAGGUCAAAACCUGGUUCCAGAACCGGCGGACCAAGUGGAGGCGGCAGACCGCGGAGGAGCGCGAGGCCGAGAGGCAGCAGGCGAACCGCAUCCUCCUGCAGCUGCAGCAAGAGGCCUUCCAGAAGAGCCUGGCGCAGCCGCUGCCCGCCGACCCGCUCUGCGUUCACAACUCGUCGCUCUUCGCCCUGCAGAACCUGCAGCCCUGGUCUGACGACUCGACCAAGAUCACCAGCGUCACGUCUGUGGCCUCGGCCUGCGAGUGAGCCUGCCCAGCCCACCCCUCAGACCCCGGCCCAGCCAAGGGGUCAACGCUGAGGCCCGAGGGCCAGGACUCUCUCCCACCCUCCCGGCCUCGGCCUCGGACUGCCCACGGAGGGGAGCACGCCCCUCCACGGGGGGCCUGCCUGCUUGCCGAAACUGCGCUCUCUUCCGUGGAAAAGAAGAAAGGAGUGCAGAGCACAGGGACCCGCGACCCACGCCCUGACUCCCACGUGGUCCUGCGCCCGCUAAAACUGUUGAGAGUCGCCUCAGUUUGCAUCUAUUUUAUUUUAAUCUGAUUUUUAACGUGGGACUGAGAGGUGGGGGGGAAGAGGGAGAAGAAGAGCUUCUGGGGUCCCCAGAGGACAGCACGGGCUAUCGGGCUAUCGUUGGAACCUUCUCUCUGUAUCCCACUCCUCAUCACAUACCAUCACAUCCCGACACACACAGGCAGACACAGAGAUGAGGACACCCACAGGCCCACACAGAGGUGAUUCCACCGUCCCUCUUGGUGUCACCGCAGAUCACACACAGGGGACCUAGGGCAGAAUGUCCCGCACACACGGGCCAUAGCUUUCUUACCUUUGAUUCUCACUAUCUGUCCUAGGCCAGGUUGACCUAGACUUACUCUGAACAGCAUGGCACUUCGCAUAAACUCGAGGCUGUGGCCACACUGUGAGACACCAUUCCACACACAACAGCGGUAACAGUGCCACUUGGCCUGCCAGACCUCCAUCACACAUCCUAGCCCCACCCAGGUACUCACAGGCAGGCUUUCACACAAACUCAGCCUGUUUCUCCAGAUCCUGUUCAUAGGGGGGGGUUUAAGUUAUGCACUUAUAAGGUGUUUUCUGUGCAACCAUUUUAUAAAGUGCUUGUGUAAUUUAUGUGAAAAAAAUAAUAAAACCCUCCGGAUCCGGAGUUAGGGCUGCCUGCUCCUUGCUGAGCCCAA